CACACACAACCAUUUAAUAAAUAUACUUCUGCAAGAACAAUAAACUCGUAUUUUGACUGCUGUACGCAGCAACGAAAAAAAUUUACAAAAAUUAAAAUGUUGAAUUUUCCAUAAAUCGGGUAAAAUUUUCAAUCAAAUUCGAUGGAAAUGUUGAGAGAAUGUUGAAUACUUUGUGAUUUUGUGCUACUUAUUUAGGUGCCAAUAAUAAAAAUACGAAUUCGAAGUGUUCGUGUAAAAAAUUUCAAAACAAAGCAAAAUAGUGUGAAGUGACACAGAAAUAAAUAAUAAAAAAAAAAUUGUUAUAAAAACCAUUAUGCCUCUACCCUGGUUGCUACCGACGUGGACAGAACUGAAGAAAAAAGUUUUAAGAUAUUUGCUUAAUCGAUAUUUGGGACAAUUUCUGGAGGAAAAAUUGACGCUCGAUCAGCUAAAUGUAGACUUUUUUAAGGGCACGGGUACCGUUGAAGAUGUGACCUUACAAUCGCAGUCGCUGAACGAAUUAUGCGAAAGCCAAGGAUGGAACAUCGAAGUAGUUGGUGGCCAUAUUGGCAAGAUAUCGGUGAACGUGCCGUGGAAUGCAAUGAUGCAGCAAGAUAGUCAAUUCGAUGUAUCAAAUUUGUGCAUCACUCUGCGACCGAUUGCCCGUUCGAAAGAUGGUACAUCGGUGCUGGAAUCGAUGUGGUCGUCGAUGAGCAGUUCCAUGCAAUUGGCACAGGACUAUAUCGAUGAAGAUGUGGAAUUCGGAAGCAAUAUCCAGGAACCGAAUGCUAUGGAGGGAUUGGAACGGGUCGCACAAACUAUAGAUAAUGUUUUAAAUAGAAUUAAAGCUAGACUGACAGACACCGAAAUAAGACUGGAAUACGUCACACCAGGUAGCCAUAAGGGAGUUGUUCUCACAAUAAAAAUUAAAACUUUAGAAUAUAAAAAUGAAGCUGGCAGCGAUCAACCAGAAGUACCUGCUGCUGGGAAAGAUAAUGAUGACAAGAACGUAUUUACAAUUUCCACAUAUUCAACAAGUCACGUUAAGAUGGAAGGAAUAACUUUCUAUACGGAGGAGUUUCGAAUAGAAAAUUCAAAUACGAAGCGAAAAGAGAAACGAAAACCCCCUGGUAUGAGCGAACAGGCCAGCGAACAGUUCUAUAGCACAAUAUCAGAAUUGCCAGAAGUUAAGCCAAACUAUUCGAAUGACGGAACUGGCAACGAAUCAGAAAACCCAGAAAACCAAUCGGAAGAAAGUGCAGAUUGUGACGAUGAUAGUCAAUCGUCGUAUGUUAUGAUAACGGAACAGUUGAUGCUUGGACAAUUGACUGGUACCCAAGAAUUGAGGAUUCAGAUGAAGCAAACUGAAAAUGUUCCUGGACCAAUGGUUCAACUUGAAGUGACGCUGGGGGCUCUAAAUUUCUUUUUAUCACCGAGACAACUUCAAAUGCUGAUAUUAUUCGGUGAAGUCUUCCUAAACGAUGCACAAACAAGUUCGGCGGAAAACACUCAACGAAUGCAUGGUGAUAUGGCGGAUGAGAUUGACUUAAAACAAAAUUUGCACAAACUGAAUGUGAUGGCCAGUGGAAUUGGAUUAAGACAGGGCUGGUCCAACGACCCAUUGGCCGACAGUAACUUGUCGAACGUUUUGAUGAACCACUUACCGAUGCAUCAUCAAAAUCCACACAGUCAUCAUCAUCAGGGCAGCUCUAGCGGUUUGGCCGAUUCUACAUUCUCAUCCAAUACGUCAAUGACCAGUUCGAUGACAUCGUCGAUGACCGUGAGCACACAAAAUACCGCCCAUGCUCGGAAACGCGGUAUGAUUGAUGCCGAUCCCAACGCCGAUAUUUCGAAAUUAAACAUUCGAGUGUCGUCAUGUCUAAUUGUUCUGUUGCACGAGGAUAUUUUGGUUGAGUCGCUGGAAGGGUGUCCGCUAAGCGAUCAAAGUGUACUUCGGAUGAGAGAAAUUGCUGACAAAUAUUUUGCCACAAUAGCCACACUGGGUCCAUCAUACGGCGUAAAUGAUUUGCUGAAUGCUGGCAAAUUGAUGGAUACUGCAUGUAGUAGCAAUCAUUUACGACUUCUAUUAACUCCGAUAAUCAUCGGCGGAGAAGAACAACGAAAUGCUAGCGGAAAUCUACUUCGACUGACCGUAUCGAUACCACGCGCCGAUUUUAGAGAAGUUCUUUCCGACGAAUCCGUCCCACUAGUUGAAUUCAAUCGCGAAGAUAUGGCACUAGGAUUACCAGAAAGUCCAGAAGUUACGAUUAACAUAAGACAAAUAACACAUACCCUUCGAGGGUCUGGUGGCAAGCGUCUCGAAACGCCGAAAACGGAAAUCAGUUUUUCACUCGCUCCAUGCACAACGGAUAUAGACAUUUCAAUCAUCGAUCGUCUACAUACACUGUUUGAUGCGUCACCAUUUUCCGCGCCGACUGUCAUCGGUAGUUGCAGUAACGGAACCAAAACUAGUAAAUUAAAUGUAAAAGUUGAUUGUCAAACACUUGAUGUACGAUUAAGAUUUCCCGUCGCUGAUCUUCGACCAAUACACGAUCCCGGACGCCUACCGUGGUGGAAACGAAACGUUCGACCCGAUUUCCUGUUAUUCAAUUUCAUUCAAAUGAGAUUUAGUUUCACGUUGCCGGCGACAUAUAUCAUGGAAACGAAUGAAUUGAAUUUAUUUUACUGCGAAAAUGCUAGCAGUGAAAAGAUACAUAUGGCAAGAGCGUCCUUGGUUGAAAAACCAGUUAGCAAAUUUGCAGCACCAACGAUAGAAUAUCCAAGAAUAUCAGUGGAAUUGCCGUCAGUAUGUCCCCAACCCGAAUCAACGCAGUACCGCAGUAGUGAUGAUAGCGAUGGUGACAAUAUCGGUAUCGCGAAACCGAAGGAACAGACUCCGUUCAGUUCAAAGCGGGUGUGCCGUGAAAGUGACACACCCCAUGCGAAACAAGCGUCGGAAGAAACGGAAACGUUGCUGAUACCGGGCGAUAAAACCGAAAUGGACACCUUCUGCGAAGAUGCUAUGAAAUCGUCAAAGAUACAAAUCAAAGUUUCCCUGCCGGUGAUCAGUUUGCAAUUAAAAUCGAAACAUCUGUACGAAGUUCUAUACAAUCGAAUCAAUUCGGAUCUGCUGCUGUGGGAACCGAGUGCACCGAGAAAUCCGAAACCAACGCCCAUUCAACCCGUCGUAAAUCCGCUACUCAAUGCUGGAAUGAUGGACUCGAUCUACGAGCCGUCGUUCUCAAUGUGUAAGAGUGGCAUCGAUUUCGAAUCGAGUUCUGCUACCAAUUCAGAAUCGGAAGUGGAUUCGGACAGUCUCAUCUAUCAUUCGGUCUACGAGAAUAAACGGCUGAAACGAUCCGUAUCGAAACCAGUGACUGCCGAUCAGACGAAUGCCGUUUCGUUUCAGUUGUCCAUUAACCAAGGAAUUGUGACAAUGUACUCGCCAGUAAGAGAUUCUCAGAGUCAUGUGAUACCAGGUCAAUUGGGAGAAUUUGUGAUAAAAUGCAAUUCGGCUGUGGUGUUCUCUACGAAUGGAUAUCACGGAAAUGAGAAUCUUGGUUAUGUGUGCCUUCAAGUCAAAUCAGCUGAAAUUUAUCAUUUUGGUCUGAUACCAGUGCCAUCAUCGAAUCCACCGUUGCGAUCAAUAAAUUGUGUCUUACCAUCGCACUUGUACGGUACGCUCUAUCCGUCACCGAAAGGAAUUUCCAACUGUACGUCCAAAGGAGCUACAAACAGAGAAAUGAUUGGUCUGGCCUUACAACUGAAAAGUAUCCCAGAUCAGCGGAUUAAGAAAAUCAAAGUAGCAGCUGGUAUUCAGAAGACAACGCUACGACAUUUCACUGCUCUGCAAGAACAUACGUGGUUGAUGCAAUUGAUCGAUAUGUUUGACGUGACAGAUGAUCCGGUACUAGGUUAUCAACCGAUGGGAGUUGUUACCGAAAUGCAUUUACAUCUGUGGGACACUGUAAUUGACUAUCGACCGUUACAUUUUAGUCAUCGGUCCAUAAUUACCGUCGGAACAUUUAUUUUGAGCAGCAACAUAACAACCGCCAGUUCGGGUCUUACGUUGCGCUUCAUUGCAGAAGAUGGUACCAUGUGCCUUGCACCGCAGAAGCGACCAGAUGCGCAGACGGAAAACAAAAAUAAAGGCAACACUGUCAUCUCCGUGCUGCCGGCAUCGGAAUUGGUUUGUGUGCUGGAUUUGGAAUUGUUUGAAAUUUCGUUGCGAUUGAACGACAAAGCAACUGUCUCGUUUCCAAAACUCGAUUUACGGACGACUGUCAAUGGGGUUUACUUGCGUACGUGCUCCGACUCCGCUGAAAUACUGGGACAGUUCAUUACCUAUUUGGCGAAUGAGGGUGAUCUCGUUGGACCAACUGACCAAAGUGAUGAGAAUGAAAUGCCUAGCGAUGAAGAAUUGUUGUCAACGAAAGCCACAACACGGCCCCGACAGGAAAUAUCGGCUACGCAACAUGAACGAAUCAAAACGCUUAUGGAAGAAGCAAUGCAAGAAAGUAUUCAGUUAGUUCCAGAUACUCCCGAUGACGCCGACGAUGACGAUCAGGAUUCGAUUUUCUACUUCCCAGAUGAAACGGUACAAUAUCCAAAGUCGGAUCGCGACAAUGAUUCACAUAGUAAAUCCAGUACUCCAACGUUGCGACGUAGUGUAUCAUUAAGUGAAUCACAGCGAUCAUUCGAUAUGGAGGGUUCGGCCAAUCGAGGUGCAUGUCAUGCGCAAAGUGAAGAUUCGGUUAGCGUGAGUUCAGAGAUGAAAGAAUUGGAUUUUGACAAUUCGAUGCUGGGUCUCAAAACUGCAAUGGAAACUGAGGUCACAGAGGCAUUGCCGCAGGUCGCCACUGAAUUGGGUAAUAUCAGUCGCCCGCAACCGAUAAAAACUGCCCCGCGCCGUGUUAGCUCCGAUACAGAAGAUGGAUUUUGUAUCAUCGCACAUGAAGAGAAACCUCGAUGUCGCUACGAAGAAGUGGAAACAACGGCUGAUUCGAUUCAAAUCGUUGACAGUCAUUUCAAUCCGCCAGGAAAGACGGAUCUGCUGAAGGCGCCCGAAAAUUUCCCAAUGGCCGUUGUGCGAUACACCGUCUGUGAAAUGACUGUAACGUGGCAGCUGUUUGGGGGUCAUGACUUUCCGACACCGACCGACAAACAAACACAAUUACCACUGAAGUCACAGACUACGAUAAAGUCACGACAAAAGAUGUCCGAGGCGUACAAAAUGGGAGUUUCGUACUCGAAGGGUUCGCCGAGUGUGUCGUUCUGCAGUGGUACUAGUAGCAGUGGAUCACAUCGUAAGUUGACUUGGAAAGAACGAGGCGGCGUCAAUCGUCGACAUGACGUUUUAAUGGAAUUUUACAUCAAUAAAGUGAGAUUUUCGUACGAAAGAUAUCCAUCGAAUACCAAGCAGGCAUCUCGACAAGUACUGCUGGUAACCGACUUGGAAAUUCGUGACCGACUGGCCAUUUCACAGUAUAACAAAUUUUUAUACCACAAACGGGUCAGUACACAAUCAAAGAAAAAUGUCAAGCCAAUGCUGGUAGUGAAUGCCACAAACCUACGGCCGGAUCGUUCGUUGACUCGGCAAGAAUGUGAUUUAAUGGUUUCGGUGCUGCCGCUGAAUUUGCAUAUCGAUCAAGAUUCGCUAAUAUUCUUGGUCGAUUUCUUCAGUGCCAUUGGGAGCACAAGCGGAACUGACGACGUCAAAAAUCUACCAGCAAGGAGACACAGUUCACCGUCACAUGAACAGCCUGUUAUGAUGGUCGAUGUUCCCAUGCCGAUAUUGCAGGAACAUCAAAUACGCCAAAUGGUUUCGCAGAAUCUGUUGUCUUUGAUGGACGAAGGUGAAGUCGAACCGGAAACAGCUGAAACUGCGACAUACGUCGAUGACAAUUCACCAAUAUUCUUCCGUAAGAUUUGUUUCCAUGAAGUUGCAAUCAACUUCGAUUACAAAGGGAAACGAGUUCAACUUUCGCACGGCCCGCUAACUGGUUUGAUCAUGGGCUUGGGACAGUUACAAUGUUCUGAGAUCCGUUUGAAAUCGAUAGUUUACAAGAAAGGAAUACUUGGCAUCCCCAAACUGAUAAAACUGUUCCAAGACGAAUGGCUUGACGAUAUCAAAAAUAAUCAACUUGCGUCGGUGCUAAAAGGCAUCGGCCCAAUGAAUACAUUUGUAGAUUUGAUUCAAGGCAUACUCGAUCUGUUCUGGAUGCCGUUUGAACAAUACAAAAAGGAUGGACGCAUUAUUCGUGGUAUUCAAUUGGGUGCUAAGAGCUUUACCGCCAGAACGGCCUUAGCAGCUUUGGAAAUUACUACCAGGUUGAUUCAAUUGCUUCAGAUAACCGCUGAGACUGCCUAUGACAUGGUUUCACCGGGACCAUCCGUUCGUAGAUUGAGGGCCAAGCGCAAUCGAAAACGAUUGCAUCCACCACAAGACAUACGUGAAGGAGUUAGCAAUGCGUUGAUUAUUGUGAAAGAGGGCUUCGGUGAUACUGCUCAUACGAUCGUUGAAGUGGCGGCAUUGGAACACGACCAAAAAGGGUAUACUGGUGCGGUUGGAGCGGUUAUACGGCAAAUUCCACCGACUGUCGUGAGACCUAUUGUUUUGGCUACACAAGCAACGACAAAUGUACUGGGCGGUGUUCGCAAUCAAUUGGUACCAGAUGCACGCCGCGAUGCAAAGGAAAAGUGGAAGGACGAUGAGGAUUAGUUUUGAAUGAGAUAGAAGAGAACAGUCUUUCGACCUUUGUAGCUCUUCAGUUUCUUUUUUGUGUUUUUAUUUUUAUUUUCUACUUCUCGCCUAAUUCGUGUGUGCAAAAUAUUAUUUUUUAAGUGAUUUGAAGAGAGAACGAGCGAUCGAGCGAGAAAGAUUGAGUGUGAAAGAUAGAUAGAUAGAUAGAUACAUAGGUAAGGACGAGCGCAAAUCAUAUCGAGACCAAGUUUUUUUUUAUAUCAAAAUCGUUUCAUGUUUUUUUUUUACAUUGUAAUUAUUUUCAAAUAGGAUCGUAGUAGAGAUUAAUAAAUGAAAACAAUGAAUUUUAACUAAAUAAA